GAAUCUGUGGAGUUGUGGUUGGGGGGAAGGUGGUGGGGGUGAAUUAAUGCGGAUACGCGUUCGGAAGUGGGUGUGAGUUUAUCCGGUGGCCGGUGGCCAAAAUCGCGGGGAAUAGUUGAUACAGACACGCCCGACGUCAAUUUAUCCAAUUCCGCUACCCGCGUGGUACGCCAGCGCGAUGAUUGUGUGUGGUGAGGCUGGCUAUCAACUGUUCCACCAGCAUCUGGAAGGGAUAUAUACAGGUAAAACAGCUCUAAGAAGCAAACAACAAAGUGAAAUACGCCCUCAAUCUUGUACCCAGUGACAGAGGCACAGCUAUUCAUACACUAUACAUGUGACGACUUGCUAUUGUGCGCUGGGAUCCAUUCGAAGAGCCACGAUCUUACCUGAAAUAUAAAAUUGAACCAGACCACUUAGCUUGAAGACAGCACGCGCAGUUCACCAUGGCCUCAUCAGGCUCAUCAGGCAUGCGACAAUGUGUCCGGAAUCUCACUCCCUAUCUUGUCUUCAUGAUGGCCAUCAUAACCCUUGGGCCCCUGCUCUUUGGCUUCCAUCUCGCCGAGCUUAAUGCUCCAGAAGACUACAUAACCUGUAAGAAAGGGACUAAAGGGAUGCCCAAAGGCGCAACCCUCAUACCAUGCAUUCCAAUGGACAAGGCGCAGUUCGCCUUCGUUUCCUCGAUCUUCACAAUUGGCGGCCUCUUCGGGGCACUCUUAGCAGGACCUGUUUCGACCAGCUUCGGUCGCCUCCCAGCAAUGCGUAUCUCUUCGAUCUUCUAUGUCGUCGGUUCCGCCAUCACAAUGUGGAGCGCAUCCAUCAGUGCAUUCGCAACAGGACGCUUUCUACUUGGUAUUGGCGCCGGAGCGAGCGUCGUCGUCGUCCCAAUUUAUAUCUCAGAAGUCGCUCCUCCCUCAGACCGCGGGAUCUUUGGGUUCCUCACACAGAUCGCGACGAACAUGGGCAUCCUCAUUACUCAGAUCCUCGGUUACUACCUUAGUUAUUCUAUACUAUGGCGUUUCAUCCUUGCUGCUGGAGGUCUCAUCGGCCUUAUCCUCUUCUUCGGCCUCUUCCUCGUCCCAGAAUCUCCCGCCUGGACCGCCGCGAACCGCUCUCCUACGCGCGCCCUCGCAACACUAAAGCGUCUACGCGGGCAACACGCAGAUGUCUCGGAAGAGAUUCAAACCUGGGAUUGCACCUUCCCACCUUCCGAUUCGCAGCUGAGCGAAUCGACUACAGGCCUGCUAGAGCCUGAGUCGCAGUCUCGACGCUCAUCCAUCAGCACCUCUUCCAAGUCCCCGCCCCGUGCCCACGUCGGCAUUGUAGCCGUGGCUCUCAACCCCAUCUACCGCCCCGCCAUCAUCGCCGUCGUGGGCAUAAUGUGCGUGCAACAAUUCACCGGCAUAAACUCUGUAAUGAUGUACUCGGUCUCCGUCCUCACCGACCUCUUCCCUACCUCCGCCACCCUCCUCACAAUCCUCAUCUCAGUUGUGAAUCUCAUCGCCACCACUGCCUCCGCGCCCCUCCCGGAUAUCCUUGGCCGCAAAUCCUCCCUCCUCAUCUCCAUUACCGGACUAGGCUUCAGCUCCGCUGCUCUGGGUGCCUCAAUCCUCUUCUCCCUCCCCGCUCUAUCCGCUGCCUCCAUUCUCCUCUUCGUUGCCUUCUUUGCUACUGGCUUGGGUCCCAUCCCCUUCAUGAUGGCUUCGGAGCUGGUUAGCACAGAGGCUAAGGGCGCGGCACAGUCAUGGGCGCUGGCGACGAAUUGGAUCGGCACGUACCUCGUUGCGCAGUUUUUCCCUAUUUUGAAUGAUAGCGUGAAUGGGGCGCUAGGCGGUGCGGGAUGGUUGUACUUUGCGUUUGCGGCUGUGGCGGCGGUGGGAGUGCUGUUUGUGAGUCGCUUUGUGCCGGAGACGAAGGGAAAGAGGGAUGCCGAUGAGGUGUGGGGACGAGUGAGGAGAGUUGAUUGAGUUUGGUGUUAAGCGUGCGAUUGAGGAGUUGGACGGGUAGGGUGUUGAGAUGGCUUGAGAAGAUCAAUCGAGCAGGGUGUAAUGGGGUUGGCUUGAAUGGUGUUCUGGAUCGUGUUCUAUCAGGGGCGUUGUUUAGGAGCAUUGAGCGACUGAUGUAUUUGAUAAUCCAUG